AUGUCGAGGGACGCGGCGAGUUACCGUCAGAGGGGUCAGUUGUACUUGAAGAUGGGGGAUUACGAGAGGGCGUUGGGGGAUUUGAGCGAGUCGAGUCGUUUGGACCACACGGAGGUGCAGACGUGGAACCAGAUGGGGUCGUGUUGCCACGCGCUGGGUAGGGCUCGAGAGUCGGUGGAGUGUUUUUUGAAGGCGUUGUCGUUGGACCCGAAGAACGAGUUUGCAUUGGUGAAUUUGGCGCACGUGUACCAGGAUUGGGGGAAGGAGCAGGAGGCGGAGGCUUGUUUAGACAGGGUGUGUUCGUUGAACGCGGAGAACGCACAGUUGGUGAGGUUGAGGGCGUCCCUUUACUUCGCGGUGGGCCGACAUCAGUCGUGCGCGGAGGUCCUAGAGGCCGAGCGGGCGAGGCGAGGUGGCAGCUUGGAGCGUCGCCAGGUGGAGAUGUUGGCGACGGUGUACCACGGGUUGGGGCGCCUAGAGGAGGCCGUGGAGGAGUACGACCGCGCGUUGAAGUUGGGCGGGGACGCGAGUUGGGUCUGUUGGUACCAAAAGUGUGUGUGUCUGUAUUGGCAGCGGUGUUUGGACGAGCCGAUAGCGAGUGUGGACAUGGAUAGGGACCUGCCCCCGGCGUUCAAGGAGGGUUGGUGCAAGCGGUCGCCGGUGACUGAGUCGAUGAGGAGGUUGGUGCAGUGGCUGGAGCGGUUGGACGGCAGGGGCGCGAGCGUGGAGGAGUUGGUUCCUUCGAGCGAGGAGCUGGAGCUGAUUUCCUACGCGCGUGACGUGGGCGUGUGGAUUCAUCAGGACGCACCUGGCUUUUUGCGCAACAGGCGCCAGGUGGCGAUGGCGGGUUUCGCUGCGUUGGAGGUGGCGCAGACCCUUCGGCAGAAGUGGGGCGCGUCUGCCAGCGUUGACUGGCGUUCGAUUUAUUCGAUUGUGGUCAAGUGGCGGCAGUACUCCGAGCCGAACGACGCUGUCUGGUGGGUGGACCAGCUGACGCCGGAGCAGUUCGUCAGCGGGUUCGGGUCCCAGACGCCCAUUGUGACAGGUCAAUAUCGCGUCAUCCGCUACGGUCCAAUGUUCCAUCGCACCUUCUCCAUUAUGAAGACGCUCAUCGCCCAGCAGUGCGCCGUCGGCGAGCAGGAGCUGCGCGCCCUCGAGUCCGCCAAGACCUGCGCCGAUAUGUACGACGUCAUGAAAAGUGAUUUUUGGGUGCUGACGUCCUGUCACUCCGUCGCGAUCCCCGGCAAGGUCAUGGAGGGCACUCGCCUCACUCUUCAACGCACCUGCUCCUCCAAGGGGUUCGAAUUCGGCAUCCGCACUCCCGGCACGCCCCCCCGCUGGCUGGACUACCAACUCGAACUCGACCACGCCUGGAAUCAACUCUCCCUCGAGGCCAACAAGCCCUCUCCCUGCAUCGAAUCCGUGUCCUACUGGAUCAUGGCCUGCACGUUCUAUUGGUACAACUUUAUGCCCCUCUCUCGAGGUUCCGCCGCCACGGGCUACAUCACCAUGCUCGGACUAUUCCUCGCCUGCGGCUAUCGCGUCGCCUCCAAAAUUCCUCGAGGAACCCUCCUCGACUGGGACGCCAUCCUCUUCCCCACCCUCGAGCAGUUCCUGUCCUCCUGCACACCCUGGCUCUAUCCGGGCAGGCAGGCAAUCGACACCUCCGACUUCGACUCGCUCCCCUCUGUCUCCGAACUCUUCCCCACCCUCCGCAAGCGCAUCGCCCUGCUCAACUACGCCUCUCCCCGCGUCUGA